AUGGACGCCUGGAGAGCGGAAAUCCAGUUAUCAAAUUUGGCAGAAGCCUGUUCAGAAGGAGAUGUAAAUGCUGUGCGAAAGUUACUCAUUGAAGGGCGAAGUGUAAAUGAACACACUGAGGAAGGGGAGAGCCUCCUUUGUUUAGCUGGUUCUGCUGGAUAUUAUGAGCUUGCACAGGUUUGGUUGGCAGUGCAUGCCAAUGUGGAAGAUAGGGGGAUCAAAGGUGACAUUCCACCUUUAAUGGCUGCUGCUAAUGGAGGACAUGUCCAAAUUGUGAAGUUGCUGCUAGCUCAUAAAGCUGAUGUCAAUGCACAGUCUUCAACAGGCAAUACAGCACUUACAUAUGCUUGUGCUGGAGGUUAUGUAGAUGUUGUAAAGGUGCUCUUGGAAUCCGGUGCUAGUAUUGAGGACCGUAAUGAAAAUGGUCAUACUCCUCUUAUGGAAGCUGGAAGUGCUGGACAUGUGGAAGUAGCCAGAUGGCUGCUAGAAAAUGGGGCUGGCAUUAAUACGCAUUCCAAUGAAUUUAAAGAGAGUGCCCUUAUGUUAGCUUGUUACAAAGGACAUCUAGAGAUGGUGCGAUUUCUUUUGGAAGCAGGCGCAGAUCAAGAGCAUAAAACAGAUGAAAUGCACACUGCUUUAAUGGAGGCUUGCAUGGAUGGCCACACUGAAGUAGCUAGGUUACUUCUUGACAGUGGUGCCCAAGUGGACAUGCCUGCUGAUUCAUUUGAAUCACCAUUGACUUUGGCUGCAUGUGGUGGGCACGUGGAUCUUGCGGCUUUACUUAUUGAAAGAGGAGCUAGCCUGGAAGAGGUCAACGAUGAAGGUUAUACACCAUUGAUGGAAGCUGCUCGUGAAGGACAUGAAGAAAUGGUGGCAUUACUUUUAGGCCAAGGAGCAAAUAUCAAUGCACAGACAGAAGAAACUCAAGAAACUGCCUUGACUUUGGCUUGCUGUGGAGGCUUUCUGGAAGUGGCAGACUUUCUAAUUAAGGCAGGAGCUCAUAUAGAACUAGGGUGUUCUACCCCUUUAAUGGAAGCUGCUCAAGAGGGUUAUUUGGACUUAGUUAAAUACUUAUUAGCCGCAGGCUGUGUAUCUAACACUACUGCAGGAGCUAAUGUUCAUGCAACAACAGCAACAGGGGAUACAGCACAAAUAUACGCCUGUGAAAAUGGUCAUACUGAUGUAGCAGAUGUCUUACUUCAGGCAGGAGCAGAUCUGGAGCAUGAAUCUGAAGGUGGAAGAACUCCUUUAAUGAAAGCUGCAAGAGCUGGUCAUAUUUGUACCGUUCAGUUCCUAAUUAGUAAAGGAGCAAAUGUGAAUAGAACCACAGCUAACAAUGACCAUACUGUACUGUCCCUGGCUUGUGCAGGGGGUCAUCUGGCAGUGGUGGAACUACUUUUGGCUCAUGGGGCAGAUCCUACUCACCGUUUAAAAGAUGGCUCGACUGUGUUGAUAGAAGCAGCAAACGGUGGUCAUACAAGCGUUGUUUGCUAUCUUUUGGACUAUGUUAAUAACUUGCUUUCAGCCCCUCCACCAGAUGUCACUCAGUUAACGCCCCCAUCCCACGAUUUAAAUAGGGCUCCUCGUGUACCGGUUCAAGCACUGCCCAUGGUUGUCCCACCUCAGGAGCCUGACAAACUACCUGCCAAUGUUGCCACUACUCUUCCCAUCAGGAAUAAAGCUGCUUCCAAACAAAAGUCCAGCAGCCAUUUGCCAGCAAACAGCCAGGAUGUACAGGGUUACAUCACCAAUCAGUCUCCAGAGAGCAUUGUAGAAGAGGCUCAGGGAAAGUUAACAGAACUGGAACAGAGGAUAAAAGAAGCCAUAGAAAAGAAUGCACAGCUGCAGUCCUUGGAACUGGCUCACGCUGACCAGCUUACCAAGGAGAAGAUCGAGGAGCUGAACAAAACAAGGGAGGAGCAAAUUCAGAAGAAACAAAAGAUUUUGGAGCAACUACAGAAAGUAGAACGAGAAUUACAACUGAAAACUCAGCAGCAGCUAAAAAAGCAGUAUCUAGAGGUUAAAGCUCAAAGAAUUCAACUUCAGCAGCAGUAGCAACAGUCUUGCCAACAUCUGGGACUGCUAACUCCUGUUGGGGUUGGAGAACAGCUUUCCGAGGGAGACUAUGCACGGUUACAGCAAGUGGAUCCCGUUUUGCUUAAAGAUGAACCCCAGCAAACUGCUGCUCAGAUGGGUUUUGCACCAGUCCAGCCUCUGGCCAUGCCUCAAGCUUUGCCUCUGGCGGCAGGUCCCUUGCCUCCAGGGUCCAUCGCAAAUCUUACAGAACUGCAAGGAGUGAUAGUUGGACAGCCAGUACUGGGCCAAGCACAGUUGGCAGGGCUGGGGCAAGGAAUUCUGACAGAAACACAACAAGGGUUAAUGGUAGCCAGCCCUGCUCCGACCCUCAGUGACACGCUGGAUGACAUCAUGGCAGCAGUCAGUAGAAGAGCAUCUGCAAUGUCAGACACUCCUACCCACAGUAUCACUGCUUCCAUUUCCCAACCUCAGACUCCAACUCCAAGUCCUAUCAUCUCUCCUUCAGCCAUGCUUCCUAUCUACCCUGCCAUUGAUAUUGACGCACAGACUGAGAGUAAUCAUGACACGGCGCUAACGCUUGCCUGUGCUGGUGGUCAUGAGGAACUGGUACAGACAUUGCUAGAGAGAAGAGCUAGUAUUGAGCACAGAGACAAGAAAGGUUUGACUCCGCUCAUCUUGGCUGCUACAGCUGGUCAUGUUGGUGUUGUGGAAAUAUUGCUGGACAAUGGUGUAGACAUUGAAGCCCAGUCAGAAAGAACCAAGGACACACCACUAUCUUUGGCUUGUUCUGGGGGAAGACAGGAGAGUCGAAAACAUGCCAGUAAAGUCCGACUAUAUUACAUGCUUCACCCCAGGGAUGGUGGGUGUCCCGCAAAGAGGCUCCGAUCAGAGAAUAACUUGCCAGUAUGGGGUUGGGAGACUUUUUGAUGAUACUGUGCUGGGACCUCACAGAGAAAAGAACAGACAGAGGGGCUGAGACAGACAGAGGCUGGCUGCGGGGAGGCGGGCACCUUCAGAAGACAUGACCUAAGGGCAAACCUGUCAGAAAGAUCAGAUGCUUUGCUUUCUACAUAAUGUAUGUUUCCUUUGGUGUGUAAAACAGAAUGCCAUUUGUUCAUUUAUAAUGAAAGCUGUGCACAUCUUGCAAAUAAAAAUAUUCAGGGCUUUGAUCAGUGUCACUUUUCCCUGAGGGAAUGUUUACUUAGGAAGACAAAUGACAAUUAGAAAGUUGUUUUGAGGGUUUAAUGUCAGAGCAAAGGGGUUCCCUUAGCCAGGCCAAGGCCAAGACUGAUGAGAGAAAUAUUGCUUCCUCCCAGCAGGGGACCCUUUUCCUAAUGAGUGGAAUAUUCUUAUCCACCGGUGGCAGAGACCCUCCAUGAUAAAAACUGCCGAUGAAACACAGAAACUCCUCCCCCUUUGCGGGCUGAGAGGCUGAGGAUGUAGAAUUCACACCCCACACUCUCGCUGUGCUUGUGAUCCUGUUUUCCUUCUGCUGCCAUAUCGAUGCCAGUCUCAUUAAAAAUUAAUACGUGAUCAUCAAAGAGACUGGACAAAAACUGUACUUGUUUGUUGUCACAGAAGAAACAGAGAGAGAAAGGUAACUGCAUGUGACCAGAGGCAGCGAGCAGCGGAGCGGGCAGGGUCCACAGAUUCCAAGCCCGGGUCUCAGCAUCACAAGAUGGGCUGCUCACGUACAGACUCAUCUGGAUGCUGUGGAUUUUUCUUUACUGCCCACUGAGGAAACAGAGACACAUAAGCCACAGACCUGUGGCUUUAAAGAGACUUAAAUAUAGUGAGAGAGGUUAACAUUGUAUAAAAAAUAGCUCUGAUGCCACAGUGUAGGUGUUUGUUAACAUUUGUACAAAGCCCCAUGGAGACAAAGGGCGGGUGAGUCAUGCCAGGGCCAUCCGCCCAGGGAAUGUGUUACUGCGGAGUUGGCAUGUGAGCUGGGCUCUUUGGGCUUGGAUGGGUGGUACCAGAUGGAGGCAUGAGAGUGAGGGGAGGACAGGUGUUUUCUUGGGUGCAUCCCUAGCAAAAGAACCUAUUAAGACACAGGAAAGUUGGCCUAAGUCAGCUUUUAUGUGAUCUCAGAAUCCUGUAACCACACUGGAGUCCCGCCCUCCAUCAGCUGUCUGUUAACAGAGAGAACAGAAUUAGGUUUUUUAUUUCCUCUUGAAAUUAUCCAGCGAUGUAUCCCUUUAUUCAAUAGCCAUUUCGUGUCUAAUCCUAAGAGUCAGAAACAAUAGGAUUCACGGACAUUUAACAGUUAGCUCUUUGAACACAGAUUAUUUUCUAUCCACUCAAAUUCUAAUCAUGAAUGUUGCACUUAUAUCUGAGCUCCUAGCGAGUGAUCCAUCAGGUGUAGGGGAGGAAAACCUUUCCUUUCUAGGUUCCUUGGCUGGUCUAAUAAUUAAACUGACAUAAAACACAUGAACAGAAGAAGAACAAAUUUCAUUUCAUACAUGUGGGAGCCCCAAAGAUAGGAGACUCAAGGAGGUGAACGAAACAGGCAACUUUUAUGCUUUUUAGACAAAGAAGCAAAGCAAUAAAUUUGUGAGGAAUUGACACGACAAAGGCUUUUGGACUUGGGGUAGCAAAUUAGUGAAGGAAUAACAAGGUUGGUUUAUACAGGCUUCUCCCCCCCACUGAAUUCCGUAUCUUUGGUAAUACGGAUGUCUGUCUACCUCCUGGUACAGGGAAGGUGCCUUUUACAUGGGAGAUUUAUUUCCUGCUUUCAGGGGGACAAAGGAUGGUCAGAGUAUCCUUCUUGGACCUUGCUGUUUCUUAAGUAACUUCAUUAAAAAAAAUCAAUAUGCCAAAGUGGCUUAUUUUGGGGUGGGCUUAUUUCUGCUCCCCUUCACAAGCAAACAGAAAGGGGCACUGUGACUCCAGCUGUGACCUUGAGGACAUGAACUUUGCUGCUCUGGUCAGAUCCAUGUUUCACCCCACUCAGGCUCCGGUUCUGCCAGACUCCUUGGGGUCAGUUGAUAGAGGGGAAGAGGUUCAGAUUUUAUAGAAAGAAGUGUUUGCAAGGGUUCUUUACCAAAGGCCCCUUUGAGAACUUUUUCCUGGAUUUUGAAAACUUAGCUCUACCAGCAAUUUGUUGAUUGAAUCAUUUUCUAUGACUUGUUAAUCAUUGUCUGGAAGCAAAUAAGUAAGUAGGAAAAGCAACAUAAUGAUCUUACUUUUUAAAAGAGAUGGUUGAUGCCUUAACAGGCUGUAUGGACAUUUCACAGGAGUAAUAGAUCAUUUCCAUUAAGCGUCUUGAUGCAUUGGAUGCUGUGUGGAAGGUACCCCCAGCCCCUCUCCAGGGCCCUGAGAGUUGAUGUUGGUAACUAUUUGGACCAAUUUUCUCUGGUACAGACUCACACCUAAGGGUUGAAAGACUAAAUACACAAAUCGACAAUGGCCAGAAUAUAUCUAAAAGUAGAACUUUGACCCACAACCUGCAGCAACCAGUCCAGAAAACCAACCCAUUGCUAUCCAGUAACCGGCCUAGAAGCCUGCCUGCUGUGAGUCAGACUUGUAGGAAGUCAGACCACCGUCUCUAGUGACAACCCAGGGAGUCAAAAAAUAGCCCUGUAACAAUAGGCCUUGAAUGGCCAGGCUUGAUGAAUAGCUGACAGCUUCCGUAAUUUCUGUCCCUGUUUCCAACUUAGGACCAACCAGAAAUAAGCCAAAUAUGUACCCCUAACCAAUCACAUAGGCUGUCCCAUUCUAGGAGGCCCAUCUGCAGUUUCCCCAGGCCAACAGCCUCCAAUCAGGGCAUGGAUGAAACCUACCCCUUUUCCAUUAUGAAGCUCCUCCACUUCUCUGCUUGCCUUUGAGUCUCCUCCAAAUGCAGGUGAUGUUGGCUGGCUGUCUUGCUACAGCAAGCUCUACGUAAAUAGCCUUUCUUGUUCCCAUUUGGUUGUUGUUUAUUUCCACAGGGUGGUAAAAUGGGGAUGAGAAGAAUCUCUAAAGUACAGGUUCAUCCUAAGACUCAACUGAACUAACCCGUUUAUAUAGCACUUUGUUUUCGAAGUGCUUUCUGCAGGCAUUAUUACUUUUUAUUUAUUUAUUUAUUUGGCUGCGUUGGGUCUUAGUGGUGCUUGCAGUGCACGGGCUUCUCUCUAGUUGUGGCACGUGAGCUCUCUAGUUGCAGCGCGUGGGCUUAGUUGCCCCGUGGCAUGAGGGAUCCUAGUUCCCCAACCAGGGGUCGAACCCGUGUCCCCCUGCAUUGGAAGGCGGACUCUUAACCACUGGACCACCAGGGAAGUCCCUCUGCAGGCAUUAUUAUUACUGAGCCUCUCUCCACCAGCACCUGUGAUCUUGGGAGGAUGUAAUACUUUGGUCCACUUGCCUCUCCAGUCUUGCCCAUUCUCCCACCUCCCCUGCUCCCAGGGUCUGUGGUUUGCAUCGUAGUGUUACUUGAUCGAGAACACUUUUAUGGCUGCCCCGAAUAUCCAACAAAAGGAGUGUUUCUGAAAAUAGAAAACUUGUUGUUGAUUUUCCAAACCCUGACCACACAUGAACCUUGGGCCCACAGUGAUCCCUAAAACUGAUGGGUAAUGGCAUCCUGGGAAUACACAGUAACUCUGAAUUUACCUACAGAUGAACAGAAGUGCCUGUUAUUUUUCCCAGGGCCAUUGCCAUUUCUAUUCCAGGUCAUUUGACCUUUUGUUGUCGUUGUUGCUUUUUAAAAACUUAAAUUCAUUUCUGUCUUCUGGCCUUUCCAGCUUUUUAAAUUCCCUGCUUUCCUCUUUAAGAAUCCUCAUUUGGGUCUUCUGUGUUUUUUCCCUGAAAUUUUAGAGCAAGAUAUUUUCCCCUUGAGGCCACAGAGUACAAUUAAAUGCGAAAUAAAUUGUUAGAGUUGAUUGCCUUAGAGAAAUGUUCAGGAAUCCCACGGGCAUUAGAGCCAAAAAGGACUUUAAAGAUUAUCUAGUCUAUCGAGAGCCUCGGUUUUCUACCAAUGGUCCUUUUUAUUAUCUUCUCACUCACGGGUCACAUGCUUUGAAAAAAAAUUGUCUGCUUGGGAAACAGCACUUUUAAGUUAAAAAAGUGAUUUAAUUUUACUUUUAUUUUCAUUCUGUAAAGAUAAGUAACUGCCAACCCAAAUUGCCCCUUGGUAGUAAAUAAACAGUGUUUUUACAUGGAAUUAAUGUCAUUUCUUCUAAGUGGGGAAACUUGACAUUUGGUUAGUGUGAUAGAACUUAUCACUCCUAAAUAUUUAUAUGGUUUCCCUUAGGUCUGAAAUAUUCAGCGCAGCUUGAGAACCUCCAUUAUCACGUUCACAGGUCCCUAAAUAUCCUGGGUUUCAGGUUGGGAGGACUUGAUAUAACCUCCCUCCCACCCCGUAAUUACAAAGGUGAAAAUAAGGCCCAAAGAAGUACCAUGACUUGUCCAAAUUUGUCAGGCCUGAGAAUAAGACCCUCCCGGCUUCCCUAAAUCCUAUUCCUGGGCUUCUUCCACGUAUCUUGAAAUGGUAUCUUAUUUGCAGUCAUGGAAGCCAUUGCUGGGUCCAUAGCCAGAGAAUAUUGCUGUUCUGGGGCAAAGUAAUAAUAGUAACUGGCACUUAUCAGGUGCUUCCCACUUAAGUUCUAAAUGCUUUAUAUACAUCAACACAUGUAAUCCUCACCCCUCCUGUGUAAGGCAGGAGCUAGCAUUAUCCCCACGAGAAGCACACUGAAAUCGAGAUGAAGGCAUUUGACUCUGGUCCUGCAGCUGGUGAGUGGCAGAGACAAGGCUGGGAAAACAUGAAACACAACAAAAUAAAAUUCCCUCUGGCCCUGCAAACUAGCUGACCAUGCCACUCCCGGAGACAGGUGGUGAGCAUCUACUAAGUGCUGGGGGCACAAAGAUGGAAGGGCAUGGAACCUUCCUCAACAGAAAUCAGGAUCUAGUCGGGGCUUCAAUGUUCAAAUCAUGUCUUUUCAUACAGCGUGCUAGGCACUACCCUAAACAUAUGUCCAGGCUACCAUCAACAAAAAUAAUCAAUAAACAAUCUAUAAAAGAAUAGCAAAGAGUUUUAUUUGAGCCCAGAAGACAGCCUCUCAGACAACUCUGAGGAACUGCUCCAGAGAAGCUUGGUUUUCAACACAGUUUUAUGUCUUGUCAGAACUAAGAGCAUCAAACAAAUCAGGAUACCUUCCUUCAAGGUUUCAGAAAAAAAUAAAACACAAAAGAAGAAAACCCACCACCACAUAACACAGUGAGUCAGUAUGGCCUUGGCGCCUGGGAAGGGGGUCUUAUCAUGGAAGGAGCGCGAGCAUUGGUGUCCCAGGAAGGGAGACAUUUCAUCUUUAUUUUUAACAUGGACAUUCUUUACUUUUGGUCCCUGUGCCCUUUUCUUUAAUAAUUAAAGCAGAUGUACAGUGUAGGUUUGAAAGGCCACAAACCGGCUGUUUUAGUUAGCAUAAAAUUCAAGUUAACUCCUGUAUAAGCCAGAAUGACUUUCCCAUACCUUAAUAUGUGAAAAUUUCUUUUCUCACUACCAUCUGGGCACAGGGGAGGGGUCCCCGAUCUCUCCUGGCAGGACGGGGCAGGACAGUGUUUCCUGGAGAAAGUGACCCUGAGCUGAUUCUUGAAGGGUGGGAUGUGGAUGGUGCCCGUGAAGAAGGGUGGGAAAGGCCUCGCCUGAGUGUGGCCUCGACGUGAGUGAUGUCUUCAGGGAAACAAAAUUCAAAGGUAUUUCUAGAUGCAAAGUGCUAGCGGGUGGCUGUGUUCGUCUCCUUGGGCUGCUGUAACAAAUGACCACAAACUGCUUGGCUUACGACAAUAGAAAUUUAUUCUCUCACAGUUCUGGAGGCUACAAAUCUGAAGUCAAGGUGUAGGCAGGACCUCCCUCUGGAGGCUCUGAUUGCAAGUCCGGUCCACGCUUCUCUCCUCGCUGCUGGUGGCUGCUGAGAACGCUUGCUGUUCCCUGGCUUGCAGCUGAGUCACGCCAGCCUGCUCUCUUCCCCGUGUGUGUCUCUGGGUGUCCUCUCCUCUUCGGAAAAAGACCCCAGUCAUUAGAUUCAGCGUUCAUUAUAAUCCAGCGUGACAUCAUCGUAAUUACACCUGAAAAGACCCUAUUUCCAAAUAAGGUCACAUGUCCGAGGUGGACCUCAAUUUGGGGGGACAGUAUUCUCCCAGCACAGCAGUAGAGACAAAAGUGGGGAUUGGGUGGUAGACAAAGGUACAGACCCAUAAUGUGCAUAAUAUUGACAUUUACUUUGUCAACAUUUUCCAUUUUCUCGACUGGUCUGCUGCCGAAUUCGUGGGGAAUUCUCAAAGAGGGGUGCAUCUACUGAGGGUGCUGUGCCUUGGCUUCCAGUUGCACAUGUAGAGCUAGAAGCGGGGAUUCUGUCCCUGGCUCAGCUGCCUAGUAGUUGUACAGCAUUGCUUUGAACUUUCUAGACCUUCACUGCCAUGGUUUUAUAAUCAGGGAUUACAAUGACUGCCCUGCUUGUUUAGAAGCUUCCUGUUUGCGAAGCUGUGUAAUAAACUGUAAAGUGUGUGUAAAAUGUUCCUUCAUGGGAUUAAAAAAAUUAUUUGUCUAUUAGUUCCAUUCUUUCAUCUCUGCAGUGCAAUAUACAACUUCUAUCUUCCAGUUAGGGGCAGGCCUGCUGUUCACAUCUGGAAGACUCGAAGAGCAAUUAGGAAAUCCAUAGGUGUGACUUAAUAUUUAUUUAUGUGUCUUAAGCCGGGGGUCAGAACAUAGCCACCGGCCAAAUGCAGCCACUACUUAUUUUGUAAGGUCUGCAAGCGAAGAAUGGUUUUUAUGUUUUUAAAUGUUUGGAAAAAUCAAAAGAAGAAUAAUACAUCGUGACAUGAAAAUUACAUGGAGUUCAAAAAUUAAUGCUCAUAAAUAAAGCCUUAUUGGAACACAGCCAUACUCAAUCCUCUCCAUACUGUCUAGAGCUCUCCUCACAUCACACAGCAGAAUUGAGUAGUUGCAGUGGAGGACUCUUUGUCCCACGAAGCCUGCAAUGUUUACUCUCUGGCCGGCCACACAGGAAAUAUUUGCCCACCCCUGUGUGAAGUGGAUGAUUCUGGUGAAGGAGGAGGUGAGUUGUCAUCCCUCUGGGUGGCUGUCUCCCUACUCAUAGGAAUGAUCCCUUUGGAACAUUCCAGACUCUAAAGCUGCCUUGUCUUCUGUUCAUUUUCAGACUUUCGUUCUUUUAGGGCCCAGCAGGUUGAAGGUUGUAGGGAAUAAGAAGUAUCAUUCCCAACCCCUGAACAGGAACUUUGUUGCUAUUUUGCUUUGUUUCUUUCAAUUAGAUUGAAAUUUAUGAACAGGUUAUGUUGUAAGAAUCAGUUUGAAGUCUGCCACACUGUGGAAACAAUGAGGAUGGUUUGUUUCUUCUGCCAUCUUCCCACCAAACUGCAUUUAUGGUAACCAGGACUCCUGAGUUUUCUGAGACAGCCCUGAUGUAGAAUAUUUUUUCUUGUCACUACAGAUCAAUGAUAUGUCCUGAAAAAUCUAAUAUUUCCUCUCCAAACUGUACCCAA